UAUUCACGCGGAAAAACCAAACAAUUACUUUUCUCAUCUUAACGAAUGAAAUUAACUAGAAUUGUUUUUGAUUGUUUUUUUCCCGUGUGCGCCUGAACGCAUCACCAAGUUGCAUUCAGGAGCACGGAAUUUACACACAAGUCCUCUUCGCAUUUAAUUUGGCGGUUUCGUGGAAAGUCGCUGCAAUUCAAGCCCUCACUUUAAUGACUUACUUACUUAGUUGAGUUCCAAGUGUCGUCUUGUUGACUUCCUAUGUUGCUAAUCCAGCUGUCCCUUGUUGAGUCAUCUUAAAGAGCUACGUCACGGCCACCUGUGACCACAUAUAGCAUCUCUUUCAUGACAUGCUAGCUCGUGUUGGCUGCUAGCCCGACACAGUCAACCUUAAAGCCGACGCGGAGAUCCCAUCUCUAUUCCGAAGUAAUGAUGUCCACAAAUAAAGAACCCACUGGGACGAUGACGUCAGCCAAGUGUGGCCCCGUACCUUCUUCGGGUGUCUCCGCCGGGCCCGUCCACCAAGCCAACAUCUCCUCAGUUCGGUCCCCGCAAACGUCCCCCGCCGCCGUGAUGCUGGUGACCAAGGUCUCCACUAACCAUUUGACCAAAGCGCCUCUGGUCCAGGCCGGCACCACUCAGGGCAGGACCAUGGUCAUAACCGUGCCCAAGUCGGCGGGGCCGCCGGUGGCCGUGGCUCCUCGACCGGUCCAGACUCAGCUCCCCACCAACCUCCAGAUCCCGCCGGGCAUGGUGCUGAUCCGCAGCGACAGUGGUCAGCUGAUGCUGAUGUCCCAGCAGGCCUUGGCGCGAGCUCAGCAGGGAGUGAGGAGCAGCCAGUCGGCAGGAUCCCUGACCCCGCAGGCGUCCGCAGCGGCCGGCGGUCAGAGCAAGGAGAAGGUGACGGUGAUCCACGUGACGGCGCCGGCGGUCCAGAAGACGGCCCUGGUGAAGGUGAUCAACGUGGCCCACAAACCGGCCGUGGUUCACGCCCGCAGCCUGGUGCCGCCGGUCGCCGUGGGAACCAAGAAAGAGCCUCAGCCUACAUUUAGUCAACAGGAGACCAUGGAGAGCGUGAAGAAGUGCAAGAACUUCCUGGUGACCCUCAUCAAGCUGGCGUCCAGCGACUCCAAGUCCACCAGCAUGGCCAACAACGUGCGAGGCCUGGUCAGGAGUCUGCUGGAAGGCAAGAUGGAGGCGGAGGAGUUCACACAAGCGCUCUAUCGGGAGCUCAAGUCCACGCCGCAGCCGUGCUUGGUGCCUUUCCUCAAGAAAAGUCUUCCGGCCGUGCGUCGCCUCACCUCGGACCCCCAGUCAUUCAUCCAGCAGGCCUCCUCCUCCUGCCCCCCUGCUGUGAAGAAGCCCAGUAUGAACGCUGCGCCAAGUCCAAGUCCAAGACCAGCCCAGCAGCUUCAGGUCCAGCAGUCCAGUCUGAGACCUGAGCUCAGCACGUUGGCCCAGUCCAGAACGUUCCCCUCCAUGAGCAUCAGACCCACCUUCCAAACAGGAAAACAUGUCCCAGGAGCGUUCAGGCCUUUGGCAGGAGAUCCACCUGGCACCAGCAGACCUUCAUCCAGGGAGAACUCUGCAUCUUACAAAGAAGAUGACGACAUUAACGACGUGGCGUCCAUGGCAGGAGUCAACCUGCGAGAGGAGAACGCUCGGAUCCUGACCAGCGCGGUCGGCGCCGUGGUCCAGUCCUGCCAGGACCAGCUCUUCCUGUCUUCUCCACCCGUGCUCGGCAGAAUCCUCCACACAGGGCGGGAAGUGGGGGUGACGGAGGUGGGCCCGGAGGUGGUGGCCCUGGUCUCUCAUGCCACCCAGGAGUAUCUCCGUGGCAUCCUGGAGAAGCUCUCUGCCAUGGCAGAACACCGCAAGGCAGGUCUGAAGGAAGACCUGCAGCACACCAAGGUGAGCGACGUGCGCUGCCAGCUGCGUUUCCUGGAGGAAGUGGAGAGUGUGAAGAAGAAGAGGAAAGAGGAGGAGGAGCGGGAGAGGCUGCUGCGCCUGGCCCGGAGCCGCUCCCACGCCGAGGACCCCCUGCUGCAGCAGCUCAAGCAGCGUGCCAAAGAGUUGCAACAACUGGAAGAAGCUCAGCUGCAGCAGCGCGAGGCCAACAUGGCCGCCCUGGCCGCCAUCGGGCCACGCAAGAAGCGAGCGGCCAGCCAGAUGGAAGGCCAGGUAAGUGUCUUGUGGCCCCACCACUUUGUUCCCCCGGGUCUUUAUUCUUCUCUCGGGCGUCAGGUGUCGCUGCCACCAAGACCGGGCUUCCAGCGCGUGACUCGGGUCAUGCUGCGUGACCUCCUGCUGUGCAUGGAGCAGGACCACUUCCUGCGCCGCUCCCUCACCCUCUACAGAGCCAUGCUCUGAUGCCUCCUGGCUCCUCCCAUUAUUACAUUUGUUGCCACACCUUUUGUAAAUACCUGACUUCUUCUUUUCAUUUGGUUGACAAAAUGGCUUUAAUUGUUUGACCGCCACAUUAAAAAAUGUCCACAAGCAUUCUGUUGUCUUCUGUGCAGGUUUGUUGUCCAAAGUAUUGACAACAUUUUGUGGCGGAGGUGACUCAAACACAAUGACAUCACCUCACUUCCUGUCAGGCGCAGUCCAGCACUUCCUGUUUGACUCGUCCGGGGGAGGAGCCCCGGCCACUGAGCCCCGCCCUCUGCAGCACGUACUCACUGAAGUGGGAGGGGCAGUCUGCACCGCCACCGCAUGAACUACACGUGAUGUAGAAGCUGCUCUGCUGCAGUCGCUGCAACACCUGCACACAAGUAACACACACACACACACACGUCAUGUUACCACAACAUGUUACCACAACACACUUUCUCAUGUUAUGACAACACACUUUUCAUGUUACGACAAUUACAACAACACACUUUUCAUGUUACCACGACACACGUUUCAUGUCACAACAACACAUCAGUCAUGUUACCACGACACACGUUUCAUGUUACCACAACACCUCAGCCAUGUUACCACAACACAUCAGUCAUGUUACCACAACACAUCAGCCAUGUUACCACAGCACAUCAGCCAUGUUACCACAACACAUCAGUCAUGUUACCACAACACACGUGUCAUGUUACCACAACACACGUUUCAUGUUACGACAAUUACGACAACACACGUGUCAUGUUACGACAACACACCUUUCAUGUUACCACGACACACCUUUUAUGUUACCACGACACACCUUUCAUGUUACCACGACACACCUUUCAUGUUACCACGACACACCUGUCAUGUUACCACGACACACGUGUCCUGUUACCACGACACACGUGUCCUGUUACCACGACACACGUGUCCUAUGUAGGUAUGGUAUGGCAUCAAUAUGGUAAGUGUAAAGUUGUAUGGAGACAUGCUAUCAUGUUACAACAACACAUCAGUCAUGUUACCACAACAGGUUUCAUGUUACAACAACACACCUUACAUGUUACAUGUUACCACAACACAUGAGUCAUGUUACCACAACACGUUACAUGUUACCACAACACAUCAGUCAUGUUACCACAACACGUUAUAUUUUACCACAACACAUGAGUCA